CGGCUUUCAGUUGGCUCCAGCACUCUACCGUCGACGGGUUCGUUCCGCUCCGCUCCGCAUUUAAGCCUUUCGUUUUUGGGAUUUGAGUGGUACAUCUUGGAUCUCGAGACACGACAUCUUUUCGUAGAACCUGUUUUCCCGCCUCGUGCAUUUUUGGGCAGCAGGUUCUCAUCAGAUCCGGUGAAAAUCCCCUUCAAACAUCAACACACAGCACGGCGAUAAGUGAAUAGCCCUCCCGGCAACCAACAAAAUGGAUGAACAGCGAGAAGAUCUUCGGCAGAAUGGAAAAGAAGGCAAUGGAAAGCAGGCCAGGAUCGUUUCGGGAUUGGAUCGACCACUGAAGACUCCUCCACCGGGUGAGCAGACCAGGGCUGUGCGCCGCCAGGUAGUCGCCGUUAUCCUGGCCAACAUAGGUGUCUUCUCGACGGGAAUGACCCUGGCCAUACCCACCGCCACUCUUCACCAGCUGAAGGACAUCACACAGCCUGUCCAUCUCAAUGAUUCGCAGGCCUCCUGGUUCGCCUCGGUCAACGCUCUGUCUGCUCCGCUGGGAGGUCUGCUGUCCGGUUUUUUGCUGGACAAGAUCGGACGAAAGAGGUCCCUAAUCGUGCUUAAUGUGCUUACCAUCGUUGCCUGGAUUUUGUUGGCCACUCCUAGUCAAAACGACUCGGAAGCCUUCUUCUGGCAACUUAUCGUCUCGCGAUUUAUGCUGGGUGUUGGCAUGGGACUUGCUAGUGCUCCUCCGGGAGUUUAUGCAGCAGAGAUCAGUGUGCCCAAGACGAGGGGCAGUCUGAUCCUAGGCACCUCCAUUUCGGUGGCUGGUGGCAUAACGAUUCUCUACGGGAUUGGGUACUGCAUUCGGGAUGAUUUCCGGCUGAUUGCCCUGAUUUGCUGUGGCUACCAACUGGUGGCCCUGCUCUGCGUGCUGCCACUCCCGGAAAGCCAUUGCUGGCUUUUGGCCAAAAAACGGGUGACGGAGGCCAAGCGAUCACUCAACUAUUUCCGAGGCUUCAGCAAAUCGGAUGAAAUUACCCACCCCCAAGUGCUCGAAGAGUUCCAGAUUCUACAAAAAUCCCUGCAGCAGCGGGACGCCGAAGUGAAGGAGUCCUUCUGGCGGAGUCUGAGGGAACCGGAGGUCCACAAGCCACUGAUCAUCCUGAUGAGUUUGUUUGCAUUCCAACAGCUAACAGGAAUAUUUGUGGUCAUCGUCUUCGCCGUUCAAAUAUCCUCGGAGGCCGGCAUUGAGAUCGAUCCAUUCAUGUGUGCCGUGCUCAUUGGUUUGGCCCGUCUGGUCACCACCUGUCCGAUGGGGUAUAUCCUGGAGCUCUGGGGUCGUCGGAGGGCGGGGAUUAUCUCCACCCUUGGCAUGUCCGUCUGCAUGUUCCUUCUGGCAGGACACAGUCAGAUUGAGUUCCUGAAGGGAGUCCCGUAUCUCCCAGUGGGGGCCAUUGUGGGCUUCAUUGUGCUAAGCACCCUGGGUCUCUACACCCUGCCCUUCUUCAUGAUCUCCGAGCUCUUCCCGCAAAGGGUUCGGGGUCCAGCUUCAGGACUCACCGUGGCCGUGGGCAUGUUCAUAUCCUUUGUGGUCCUGAAGACCUAUCCCGAUCUCAAGAAAUCCAUUGGAAUGUCAAACUGCUUCAUCUUCUUUGGGGUCAUGUCCGUGAUGGCCCUCAUCUUUAUUUAUUGGGCUCUCCCGGAGACCCGUCGUCGCACCCUUUUGGAAAUCGAGGAGCAGUUCCGAUCGGGUCGCAGUCGUAAAUCUCAAAACCAGGCUGAUGUUGAAAUGAAGGAAGUUUUUGUCCGAAAACCGGAGGAAUAAAGUUAUUGCAACGAAAUGGGCUCAUUAAGAGAGAGAUAUACUAACUUAAGUAGAUCCCUUCAAGUGCUUAGUACUGUGAUAGACAAUAAACAAAAGCAACACGACAAAAAUAAAAGACAGUUUGAAACAACUGAUUCAAUGAUUAG